UUUUGAGAAAGCACAACAGAGAAACAAACUUAUCGAGGUCUCCCUGGCUGGCCAGGGCAGUCUAGAAGAACCAUGCCCAGUGCCCAAGGAUUCACCGUCAGUCUGGUAACUGCGGAUGGCCAGGAGUUCGCCGAAUACGGAAACCAAAAGCUCCCCGGAUCAGCCAGCAAAAGCUCAACCGUGAGCACCAAGGUUCGAGCCAAAGACGGAGAGAAGUUCAAAGUGAAGAUCAAAGUUGAGCAGCCGUUCCCUUACCCGGAGAAAAAGGCCAACAACACCAAUGCUUUCAAACCUCUCGCCAGCAGUAUUUCCAGGUACAAUCUAAGAUCAUCGGGAAAGGCUCUGGGAGGCAACGGCAAUGGCAACGGCAACGGAAGUGCGAGUGACAACUGGACCAACAAUAACAGAAGUAACACACUUCCGCCGAAACCAAACUUCGAGAAGCCUCCAUACCGAUUCGUCGUAUGGGUCUACAUUGACGGACACGAGAUGGCCGAAUGUUGUGAAUUUGUCGCGACCGAACCCAAUUCCCCGCAGGUGCUGAACGGACGAUACACCACGGUCAACUGGAGACGAAGAAACGGAAACCUCAAGCACGAAGUCAUCAUCCAAGAAUGGAUGUUCACCCCCGUGGGCAUCGAGGUGCUCCUCUCCAAAAUGGACAUUGGCGCAGCUGAUCCUGCUACCCGUCCAAGCGACGCCAUGGACCAGGAACUCGACGACGUGAUUCAGUCGCUGGAAGACGUCAACAAGCCCGAAGUUAAGAAAAACAAGCCGGGACAGAUUGAAGUUCGUAUUACUCGCAUUGUAGACCUGGGCAGUGGAAAAAAGGGUGGUGACUGGCGCCGAGAUGGUGAACGAAAUAGUGCGGCAAAAGACGUCGACGACAACAACACUCACACAGUUGGGGUCGGCGAAAAGCCAAGAGACAAGCUAUCCUUUACGCCUCAUGCGUGGCGUCCUUACGAUGACACAGAGGAGUAUUAUGCCAGAUUUGUCUUUCAGUACAUGGGGAUUGAGAAAUUGGUCAACCUUGGUUUAUGCACCCCGGAUGGUCAGGUCGUAACAACAACAACAACGGAGCAGAAACCACAAGGCCAAAAUGCCGCGGGAAGUGGGAGCAGUCCUCUCGCCUCGAACACUGGUACCGAUAGUACAGGCUCACAUCUAACUCCACUCAAGCGCCCUAUCGAUUCAGAUUUGUUCAAAAAGGACGGCAACAAGGUCAAGGUCACAUCAGAGGAACAUAUGUGCUUGAGUGAUGAGGAUCAGUCAGCCGGAGAAGAGUCGUCCUCAAGCGACGAAAGUGAUCGCCCUCGAAAGCGCCAUGAGUCUAUCGCUGACACUGAGAAAUCCAAGCCGUGGGAUUUCACCCGCAAGCGCAAGCCCUUGGUUAGCAGCAGGUCUUACAACAAGAAGUCAUCGGUGGUGAAGGGUCCUCGCAGCAGCAGCAACAGAAGCAGCACCAGCCCUGGCAGUGACGGCAGCAAUACUAGGAGUAUUACUUCGCUUCCGCAGGAUGUUGUUGUGAAACUUGAAAGCCCGAGUCAGAUGGAUCCAAACUUGAAGGCGACAGACGCAGCCGCAGCCGCAGCCGUCACGGUGGGGGGACAGAUCGGGCAGAUCGGGCGAGUGGAGCCAGAUGGGACAAGCGAGGCCGAUCAUGCACAGACGAUGAAUCAGGAGGCAGAGGCAUCACUGACAUCGGCGGAGCCUAAUUUGAAGGUUGAACUUGAAGACGAAACUGGUGGAGACAUCGAAUAG